UCGUCAUCGGGGAGGUUGUCGCGCCGGCCUUCCCUCGCCUCGGGUUCGUGCGUCGGAAGCAGUGCGCUGGACUCCGGUUUCCACUUCCUCGCAUUUCAUUCUUUUUUCUCUGUUUAUCCUCUAUCAGUGAUUUUCUAUAAAUUCGUUGGAGUUUACAAGCACCAGACUUAACCUGUAAGAAAAGAAUCCGAGUAAAGAUAUAAAGUUUAGUUUUUUUCUGAAGAAUACGCUCCCAUGAGAAGAAAAGUGAAAACCCCGGAGUGUAAACCCUUGAAUGAACUGUGCAAGGAAACGCAGUCGUAGAUACACACACAGCCGUGCACGUGAGAGACAAGAAGCACGGAGUGAAAUACGCCAAAGCCCCGUGCACGUGGUUGCAGGUAGCUCCCCCCCUUGACCCCCAAAGGCUUACACAGACCGUGCAGAAGAACCAGGCAGGUAUACACACAGCGCAGCCCAGCCUCUGCAACAAGGCCAGAGCGAGGCCGUGAGACAUCGCCGAGAGCAGCGCGAUUCUACCGACGGAGGAGCAGGAGACUCCGAGUAGCUCCCGAAGCGCCGCGCAGGAGGGACCACAAUCUCGUUCCUGGGAAGCUCUCCCCUGUUAUGCAGAAGGCGCAGGAGACGAUAGAGGAAGAUACAGAAAGAGUUUCAAUUAAAGCUCAUUUGGUGCAAAGGAUGGAAAUAAAAUGAAAGUUUAUAUUUGUUUAUACUUCGUGUUGAUGGCUUUAAAUGCACAAAGGAGAAAAUAGAAAUCAUACAAAAUAAAAGAGCAUAAAUACUCGCAUAAUACUAGGAAAACAAACAAAGCCAACUGUAGUGUGUAAAUGAAGAUAAGAAAAGAAAGGUAAAUGUCAGUACGAGACGCUAGUGUGACUGGAAAUAAUAUCCCAUAAUGCACUAAGUCACAGAAACAAAAGCUAACAAUGAAUUAAAAGAUGAAUAAUGGUACAUUUAGUGUAUUCCUAGCCCUACGUGAUACACAAUCUAGGCAUUCUUAUGACCUUGUUAUCGGUAAGAAGCAGAGGUGACGACAAAUACUAUGGUGUUAUUUAGAAACCUCUGUUAUCAUUGUUAUCUAAAAUCAGAAACUGGUAUUUAAACCGUCAUAAUAACACAUAUUCCUAAAAGUGUGCUGCUAGGUGAUCUUUAUUGUUGAUUUAAUUGUUGAUAAAUACAUACUCUAUAUCCGUAUCCUAUAAGGCAUCCGCAAGUGUGUACGAUGAACAAGCGGAGAGGUCUGGGUACUGUGACGGCAGCAACACCUCAGUAAUGGAAGCCACACUCACGACACGAUGCCUCCAGACAGCUCUCUCCUCGGCGCCGCCCUCUGCUCUCCCCUCCCAGCAGACGCUCGCAGACCAGAAGCCCUCCCAAGAACUCUCUCCCGAUUCGGGCAACGGGGAAGACCUGGACGAGUUUGAUCCCCUGAAGGCCUCCCCGAAAUGCUCUGACACCAAGAACGAGAGCGACCAGGAAGCGCUGCGGAGCCUUAGCAACUCGACCAUCUCCCCGUUCGACUGCUUCGACAAAGGCCGAGAUAUGACAGCCGUGGAGACGUCGGAGGCCAACCAGCUCGGCGGUGAGAGGGACGGUUCCCCGGGGAGUGAGUCGGGAGGACAAGUGGCUUUGGCGAGUCACAAAGACAGAUCAACGGAAAGUGAAAGAAAGGAAAAGGUCUCAACAGUUAGUGAGGAAGAAGUGAAUUUGAUAUCACUGGAGGAAAAGCCACAAGUCUCCUUAAUUUCAACAAACGUUGGUGCGCAAAAUUUACCCAAAGAGAGUAUUGUACAUUAUUCAGAUGCUUUUAACAACAGAGGGCUUAAUUCCUCCAUCCUCGCUACAUGUGGUUCCUCGCUCCCGUGUGGACCCUUUUCGAGAUCUUGUACCCCCAUAAGGAAGAACCAACAGCACCAAGAGACGAGUGGGCCCUUUAGUCUACCUGAAGGGAAAGGGGCAUUGCAUGAUGGUAUAUUUAAAACUCUACCAUAUCAGCUUAACUGUGAUAAAACAAAAAGAGGACCCUUCAGUAUUCAAAGCCUUGAAACAGCACAGGAAACUACAACAUGUACAAACAUUUAUUACCCUGAGUAUUAUAGUAAUUAUCGUAGUCGUCUCGUAAGGAGGUAUACAAAUCCAGAGGUUGUGAGGACACAACCUAUGUCAGGGGGCCUUCUAACCACGUCUUGUGAGCUUAUAACAUCUCCAUCGGGACAGUGUGCAUGUGUCAACCCUGGCACGAGCCAUGCCUGUGCAGCCAGACCAACACAUAAAUUGUCUCCAGGUGUUCUCAACCCAAUGUUUGACCAAGGAAGUUGUGACACUCGUGUUACCUUUGCCUCGAUGCCUUCUACCCCAAGGAAAUUUUCACUAGAUCUAAAUUAUAUUCCAAGGGAUUUCAGUUUGCCCGAAUUUCCUCAAACAGCCGUAUCCUCUGUCAUUCCCAUCCGUCUAAAGGAGGGAACUAAACUUGUCUCUCUCGAUUCAGCCAAGUCUGAGUGCCAGUGCCUCUCGUCACAGCCUUCUCCGCCAAAUGUCUCUUCAUCUGAUGAACAGAGCAAUCACUGCCAUCAAAACACAGACACAACUUCCUCUGCAAUGUCCCAGGGAGUGUCAGAAUCUUCCUAUGGUGUAACUACAAGUAGCUCAGCUUCCGGUACAGGUCUAGAAGCCUUGGCCUACAAAGAUCUAGGCAGAGACCUCCCCAGCCUUAAUGCUAUGGCAAAGGUGCUAGGAACAGUGAGGAGUAGUGUGAAACCUCCCGUUCUCACCUCACCAGACUGGUUUAGUUUCUUAACUCCUUCCCAGGAAUCUUACACUCAAAAACUCUUCACUCCUGGGGAUCUCCAGGAAGAACUCAUGUACCCUGCACCAUAUGGGAUCUCUUCAGAAGUUUAUCAAAAUAUCAAUGCUCAAGAAGCUGACUUUGUCCUCCUUAAGCCUACUAGGAAGCCUAGAACAGAACCUUUGCCUCCACUUUCGAAGGCAGACACAGCGCCCAAGGUGUGCAAACAAGAUACAGAUCCUAAAACAUCAAAUGCAAAUAAGACCACAGACGUGAGCUCAACACUGCAGUCCACAACCCAGUGUGAAACUACCACCAUUCAGAGCAAAGUCACCACUACCUUGAGUUCUGACACCAAAAAGCCAGAGAGUCCUGUGGGUUUAAUUGAACCUUUGGCGACGGAGGACGAGGAGGCACUGAAGGAAGGUGCACAAGAGAGUAGGAAAUUAAGCCUAAGUGAGAGGAGGAAAACCAGCCUCGAUAAAAUAUAUAUUCCGAGAGCGGUGGAACCGGUUUCUCUCUUAGAUGUAAAAAUUGACAACUUUGAUCGAGACGAGUAUGUGUCCUACAAGAAGACUUUGGGUGAAAAUGAUGUCCUCAUACCUGACUGCCCUCUCCUGCCCUGUAAUUCGAUGCUUACAGAUAUAUCAAAGAUUGCAAAAACGAGAAGAAACUCCAAAGGAAAUGGUAACAGGAGCACUGAUUCUGAAAGGUCAAGAAAACUGCCAAUCAUAACAGAUCAUGUAAUGGAGAUAAACCUUGAGAACAUUAGCAAAUCCCUUGAGCAAAAGACUCCCUCCAGGAAACAAAGCAUAUCAAAGAACGAAAUCAAUCAACAGGAUAAUGAGAAUGUCAAAAAUAAUUUGAAAACAUCAAAAGACAAGGGACAUGACCAGACACCACACGAAAAUGUAAAGAAUACCGACAAAUUAACAGAUAAGAAAGACAACAAUAAUCACAUCAACAACAAUAAAAAGUCUCAAAAAAAUAUUGCAUCCCCUAUCACUUCACCCACAGUAGAGGACCCAUUUUUCCUUCAGGACCAAGCGCUAUCAAAGAGACCAAAUGCUCUACGUAAGCAGUCCCUUCCGACGGAGGAGCUCUUCGGAGCAAGGCGCCCAAGAGCCAAUAGGAGAUCUAGUCUCAACCCUUCGUCAGAUUUUCUACAACCUGGUAGAGCUACUAGCAGAGGGACCUUCCCCGCAGUUCGAGAGACGGAAGAAAAUCAUUUCCUGUUUGAGGAUGAUACCCCUAGGAGAAAAUUGUGGCAUCGACGACAUGUCCUGAACGCCCGCAAUGGAGAGGACUACUUUGUCCCUCCGUCGGAAAAGAAGGAUGGCAGUCCCGAACGCCCAGGGAGAGGGAGAAGCAAAACUGGACAGCGAAAGAGGGACAAGUUGUUCAUCAACAGAAAACCUGAAUGGAAAAGUUACUGCGAGAACUCAAUCACAAUCAAAACCAGUGCCAGGAGAAGCGACAGUCAAUCAAAUGGCAUGAGGAAGAUGGACGCAAACGCCUCAAAAUCUGAAGGGUUUGGCAAAUACUCGGCCUCGUCCCGCCAUCGCGACCUCUCCACCAACAGUGACGACAGCUCCGACUCGCCAGGCAAAGACUCCAAGGGCCCAAGCGGAAAGUAUACAGGUCUCGACGACAGGGAGGGUUGCAGCACAAGGACCCAGAGGAAGACCAGAACCCACAAGUCACCCAGAAAGGGACGACGUCAGGCGCGGGAAGGCCACGUCAACCCCAUGGCGAAGCUCAGUCCCCUAGGCUUUGAGUCGAAAGGAGACCUCUUCGCGAAUAAAGGCUGUGCCCUCGAAGGAGACGUGAUCACGGAGGGCGUCCCGUUGGUGCCCUACGAGCCUCUGGUGGAAAACGUCACUCCAACGUCGCCAGGAGCCUCGGGCACCUACUCGGACGCUCCGCCUCCUCACACAGGUGCAACAAGGAAGCAGCAGAGAGGAACGCCGAAGAGGAGACGACACUCGCGACGCCAAGAAAGACCGAAGGGCGCGUCCUCUUCCUCCUCCUCGUCCUCGUCCUCGUCGUCAUCAAGGUCGUCCUCGUCCUCGUCCUCGCGGGCCUCGUCCUCCGGGGGCUCCAGGUCGUCGCUCUCCUCGUCCGAAUCGUCUGAAUCUUCCGAAUCCUCGUCGGAGUCGGAGUCAACGUCGUCUUCCUCGUCCGAUUCCUCUGAUAUUGAAGAUCUCAUUCUUUAGCGAUUGGCCUCAAUCAAAAAUUAGACAUACAUAUACAUACAUACAUAUAUAUAUAUGUAUGUAUGUAUGUAUGUAUAUGUAUAUUUGAGACAUAUAAAAGAUUGCUUGGAAUUAUAUCCAUCGUUGUUAUCAAUAAAUCGGUAACAUAAACCGCAAUCACUGCAUACCACUCUGUAUAACAUCCGCGUUGUCGCCUUGCUUCUAUAUUCCAACAGCUUUUGGCAUUUAGAAUUAAACAUAAAAGAAAAUCUGCCAACACGAUUCGCCCAUUACAAAAGGGGGGAAUAUUUCGCCAACUUUGUUUCGUCUUUCAGCGUCACUAUUGCGUAAUGUAGAACGGAGUGUCUGACACCUGAUGGCCAGUGAGUUCAAAUCU